AUUGUAGAAUCUUACAUAAGUACCUAUCUAAUUUAGUAUCAUUCUCAAUUUAGUUGUAGUUCUUGAUGAUUUUACGUGUUUAGUAGAGGCAAUAUUUCCUUUGUAAAUUAUGUGGCAAAAAUUAAUUUUGGUCUGGAGUAUUGUUUUAGUUUUAAAUAUAUCAGCAGAAGAAGUUGGAGAUGAUUGCGUUCCCAAUAAUGAAAUUGUGGAUGGUGUUUGUACAUUGAUUACAGACUGUGAGGUGGCUUUAAGCGCCUUGAGAAAACAUAAUUACCAUACAUUUCAAAGAUGUGGGUUCAACGGCAAUUAUGAAGUCGUGUGCUGCCCUCGCACAACGGAGAAAUUCGGGUCAUCAAAUAAAGGAAAAUUAACUAAUCGGAAAGCAGAAAUAGAAUGCCAAAAAUAUCUUAAUUCGAGUUUAGAACCAUUAAAUUUGCAUAUACUUGAAGGAGAAGCAGCAAAUCUUGGUGAAUUUCCUCAUAUGGUUGCUCUUGGGUUUGACCGGGGUAACGGAUACCAGUUCGACUGCGGUGGGGCUUUAAUAUCGACUUUGUACGUCCUAACUGCUGCACACUGCAUUAUUAACUUGGAGAGAGUGGAGCCAACAAUCGUUCGAGCGGGUGUUGUACAACUGGGUGGCAAUACUUUUGACGAUGACACUGAUUACAGGAUAGCUCAGAGCAUUAUUCAUCCUGAAUAUUCGCGGAGUUUAAAAUAUAACGACAUUGCGCUGUUGAGAUUGCAGAAGCCAGUAAGUGUGAGUAGCACCCUUAACCCGGCCUGUCUGUAUACGAAGGACUCGGAUCCAGAAACCCCCCUGACUGUGACUGGCUGGGGAAAGACGAGCAAUACACAGAAUCUGAAGAGUAACAUUCUAUUGAAAGCCACAAUAUCAGCCGUGAACAGGGAGCGUUGUGGGCCGCAUUACAGCGCGUGGAGGAAGUUACCGCGCGGCAUCGUACCGGAGCAGAUCUGCGCCGUCGACCCGGACGGUCAUAGCGAUGCCUGUCAGGGUGACUCCGGCGGACCGCUGCAGGUGUCUGAGAACGGAGACUCUUACUACCGCGUGGUGGGCGUGACCUCGUUCGGCAGCGGCUGUGGCACGAGCACGCCCGGCGUCUACACGCGCGUCGCCCGCUACCUCAACUGGAUAGAAGGCAUCGUCUGGCCAUGAUAAAACAUUAUAUAGCCCAAUAAACUCAUUAGAAACACUCUUUUAAAGAAAA